AAAAGACUAAAGGGAAAGAAUAGCAAGUAAAACAGAACUCCACUUGCUAGAUCUCUCCUUCUAUCGCACUCUUUCACCUGACCCAGCCCCUUAUUCCCCCCGCACCCUUUCCUUCUCUCCCUACUUUACUGCACAGGAACGAAGUCUGGGUCGUGUGCGGACCGCUUGUGGCUCUUAAAUCCUCUUUUUGUCACCCUGGCCGUGCAAAAUUUUGAAACGUCCCUCGGCAAAAAAAAAAAAAAAAAAAAAAAAAAAAAAAAAAAAAAAUCUGUCCCUGGGCUUUUCCCUAGUUCUGGGUCCAGUUGCAGCCAAGUAAGGGGCAGCGCGCGCACUCCCAAGUCCCCGCUUCAGGGACGGGCACGCGCCUGACGCCCAACCCCCAAUCCCCUGCUGCUCAGUGACCCCGCCCCCGGGUUUCCGGGCCGGCGUAGCUAUUUCAAGGCGCGCGCCUCGCGGUGGACUCACCGCUAGCCCGCAGCGCUUGGCUUCCUGGUAGCUCUUCACCUCUUCUCUCAGCUCCCGGCAGCAUGGGCGCUGGGCCCGCCUCGCUGCUUGCCGCCCUCCUGCUGCUUCUCUCCGGCGACCGCGCGGUGCGCUGCGACACACCUGCCAACUGCACCUAUCUUGACCUGCUAGGCACCUGGGUCUUCCAGGUGGGCUCCACCGGUUCCCAGCGCGAUGUCAACUGCUCGGUUAUGGGACCACAAGAAAAAAAAGUAGUGGUGUACCUUCGGAAGCUGGAUACAGCAUAUGAUGACCUUGGCAAUUCUGGCCAUUUCACCAUCAUUUACAACCAAGGCUUUGAGAUUGUGUUGAAUGACUACAAGUGGUUUGCCUUUUUUAAGUAUAAAGAAGAGGGCAGCAAGGUGACCACUUACUGCAAUGAGACAAUGACUGGGUGGGUGCAUGAUGUGUUGGGCCGGAACUGGGCUUGUUUCACCGGAAAGAAGGUGGGAACUGCCUCUGAGAAUGUGUAUGUGACCACAGCACACCUUAAGAAUUCUCAGGAAAAGUAUUCUAAUAGGCUCUACAAAUAUGAUCACAACUUUGUGAAAGCUAUCAAUGCCAUUCAGAAGUCUUGGACUGCAACUACAUACAUGGAAUAUGAGACUCUUACCCUGGGAGAUAUGAUUAGGAGAAGUGGUGGCCACAGUCGAAAAAUCCCAAGGCCCAAACCUGCACCACUGACUGCUGAAAUACAGCAAAAGAUUUUGCAUUUGCCAACAUCUUGGGACUGGAGAAAUGUUCAUGGUAUCAAUUUUGUCAGUCCUGUUCGAAACCAAGCAUCCUGUGGCAGCUGCUACUCAUUUGCUUCUAUGGGUAUGCUAGAAGCGAGAAUCCGUAUACUAACCAACAAUUCUCAGACCCCAAUCCUAAGCCCUCAGGAGGUUGUGUCUUGUAGCCAGUAUGCUCAAGGCUGUGAAGGUGGCUUCCCAUACCUCACUGCAGGAAAGUAUGCCCAAGAUUUUGGGCUGGUGGAAGAAGCUUGCUUCCCCUACACAGGCACUGAUUCUCCAUGCAAAAUGAAGGAAGACUGCUUUCGUUAUUACUCCUCUGAGUACCACUAUGUGGGAGGUUUCUAUGGAGGCUGCAAUGAAGCCCUGAUGAAGCUUGAGUUGGUCCAUCAUGGGCCCAUGGCAGUUGCUUUUGAGGUAUAUGAUGACUUCCUCCACUACGAGAAGGGGAUCUACCACCACACUGGUCUAAGAGACCCUUUCAACCCCUUUGAGCUGACUAAUCAUGCUGUUCUGCUUGUGGGCUAUGGCACUGACUCAGCCUCUGGGAUGGAUUACUGGAUUGCUAAAAACAGCUGGGGCACCAGCUGGGGUGAGGAUGGCUACUUCCGGAUCCGCAGAGGAACGGAUGAGUGUGCAAUUGAGAGCAUAGCAGUGGCAGCCACACCAAUUCCUAAAUUGUAGGGUAUGCCUCCCAGUAUUUCAUAAUGAUCUGCAUCAGUUGUAAAAGGGAAUUGAUAUAUUCACAGACUGGAGACUUUCAGCAGCAGUUUCAGAAGCUUACAAAUAGAUUUCCAUGAAGAUUUUUGUCUUUAGAAUUAAAACUGCCCUUAAUUUUAAUAUACCUUUCAAUCGGCCACUGGCCAUUUUUUUCUAAGUGUUCAAUUAAGUGGGAAUUUUCUGGAAGAUGGUCAGCUAGGAAGUAAUAGCGUUUGCUUAAUCAUUUGUAAUUCAAACAUGCUAUAUUUUUUAAAAUCAAUGUGAAAACAUAGACUUAUUUUUAAAUUGUACCAAUCACAAGAAAAUAAUGGCAAUAAUUAUCAAAACUUUUAAAAUAAAUACUCAUAUUUUUAAAAUAAAAUUUUAAAAAUAACUGCA